CACUUGUAAAACUGUGAGAUAGCUUAAGCAACUGACCAACUGAAGGGCAAGCCGAGUGAGCUUCUGGCAGGACGUCAACGGACACCUGUAGCGAUAAGGUUGUGAGACUAAGGUGAGAAUACCAUGUGUGUGUCUCGACUGGUUUUGCUGCUUGGGCUGCUGCUAUGUGUGGGGGCUCAGCUGUCCAACGCCCAGCACUGGUCCCAUGGUUGGUACCCUGGAGGCAAGAGAGAGCUGGACUCUUUCGGCCCGUCAGAGAUUUCAGAGGAGAUCAAGCUGUGUGAGGCAGGAGAAUGCAGCUACUUGAGACCCCAGAGGAGGAGUAUUCUGAGAAAUAUUGUUUUGGAUGCUUUAGCCAGAGAGCUCCAGAAAAGAAAGUGACAGCUUUCCAGUCUACACUGCUUUUCUACCUGGUGACCUUCUUCUUCAGUGUCCAUUUCUUGACGUGAAACAACUUUAUGUUGAUCAUCUGAUCUCUUCUAUUUGUUAUGUUUGUCAGUAAAGUUGUUUUCCAGCAUACAUUUAUUUCCCCUGUGGCAAACAAAUGUUGACGUU